AUGACGCACAGGGGCGGGGACAAAUCUCCGUACUGGGGCGAGAAGUUCAAGUUCUGCCGAGGCAACGCCCAGAAAAUCAUCUUCAGGGUGGUCGCGGAGCAUUUCUGGCGCCAGGACGUGGUGUGCGGGGAGCUGGCCAUGGACCUGGACGAGUACAACCUCUGGAACCGGGUACUAGCCGGCGAGCUUCUCAACACGCUCUCACCUGUGGAGCUGGUCAAGAUGAGCAAGAACUCCGGCACCCCUGAGAAGACCGGCUCCCUGUUCAUCUGCAUGGCGAAGUGCACGCAGAGGUCCAUGGACGGCCGCCUCGACGCCUUCGAGAAGGGCGGCCGCUCCCAGGACACCAAGGAGGGGCUCCAGCAGCUGCUCAACAAGCCCGAGGAGCUGGAGAUCUACGUCAGGCACCGCUUCCGAGAGACGGCCGAGCAGACGGGGCGCAGUGGGAAGGCCGCCGUCGGCCCCGAGGCCAUCCAGCAGCUCGUCGGCGAGAUGUCGCAGCGGCUGGGCGUUCCGAAGGACACCUUCGGCGACGUCGGGCAGAUGUUCUGGAGGUUCGAGGUCUCGGGCGAGAAGCUCCUCUACGAGGAGGAGACCGUGCGUCUGGUGAUGUACAUGCUGCGACAGUACCGGGACGCCGUGAGCCCCCAGAAGGGGGGAGCCGUGCAGCUCAGUGGCGGCAUCAGGUACAUGAACGUCGCGGACAAGUACAACGUCUCCAAGGAGCUGGGCAGAGGCGGGCAGGGCGUCGUCUACCUCGCCACCGACAAGGCCAACAACGGCCAGGAGGUGGUCGUCAAGAUGUACGGCAAGACGAAUCAGAAGGAGGCGCAGGAGUCGAUCACGCAGGAGUUCGAGUUGCUCAUGGAGCUGAAGCAUCCCAAGAUCGCGCGCGUGUUCGAGAUCUUCCAGGACUGGGAGAACGUCUACAUCGUCCAGGAGCCCUACUUCGGCGGCGACCUCACCACUGCCGUGACCAAGGCGCACACGGCCGGGGUGCGCGUGGACGAGCGGUGGCUUGCGGGCGUGUCGCACCAGGUGCUGGCAGGCGUUGAGUUCUUGCACAACAACGGCGUGGUGCACUCCGACCUCAAGGAGGCCAACGUGAUGGUGGCGGGCAGGGAGGCCUGGCACGCGCCGCAGGUGAUAGUGAUCGAUUUCGGCCUUGCCAACAAGUUCAGCGCCAAGUCGGGCGUCGGCGGCACGCCCGGCUACAUGCCGCCCGAGGUCUGGAACCACGGCCUGUGGACGCCGCGCGGCGAUGUGUUCUCGGUCGGGGCAAUGAUCUUUACCUUGAGGAACGGCAAGCACCCGUUCUACCCACCGGGCUCGCCCGGCUUGGAGGAGAUCGCAGAGCUGACCAAGACUGCACAGCCGGAUACCAUGGGCUCGCCGCCGCUGCAGAGGCUGAUACGCGCCAUGCUCGAGAAAAACUUCCUCGCCAGGCCCACGUCCAGCCAGCUGCUCCACGAGGAGUGGUUCGCGUCGGGCGCCACCGAGGACAUCGACACGCACGCGCUGUCGGACAUCAUGCAGAGGCAGCGGAAGACCGAGCUGUACAGGGCCCUCCUCACGGACAUCUCGGAGGAGGUCGCAGAACCUCGCGCAGCUGCGGGAGCUCAACGACCUCUUCAUGACCCUGGACACCAACAACGACGGGAAGAUCACCGCCGGCGAGGUCCGCGCGGCCCUCAGCGGCCGGUGGACCCCCGGGGACGUGGAUCGCCUCGUCGCCUGCCUGCUGCCGCCGGGCGCGCAGGAGGAGCUCUCCUACGACGAGUUCAUGGGCGCGCUGAUGGCGUCGCAGGCCGCGGACGAGGAGAGGAUGCUGCGCAAGAUCUUCGGCGAGGCGGACGAGCAGCGCCGGGGCUGGCUCGGCGCCGCGGAGAUCGCGGAGCUGGCCAAGCGCCCCGCGGUGAAGCGCCUGCUCGGCGACCGCCCGGCCUCGUCGCUGAUGGAGGAGAUGGACCUCGACAGGGACGGCAAGGUGACGUUCCAGGAGUUCUGCCGCGUCCUGCAGGGGGAGAAGCCAGAGCACCGGGCCGGCAGGCCCACCACCAUGAAGGUUGGCAAGUACGUGGUGGGGCAAGUGGUGCAGUUCUGGUCCAGCUCCUACAACACGUGGGUGACCUGCUCCGUCCUGGCCGUGGACCCCGCCACGGGCGCCGUCCAGAUCGACCAGAAGCCCGGCUACUGGCUGCAGGGGGAGGAGCUCUCCCGGCGGCUGCGGGCGCAGCAGCCCAAGGGCCGGCCGGCGGGCUACUGCCAGGGCCAGGAGAGGUGCUCAUGUGGUCGCAGACCUUUCACACCUGGAUCCCUUGCCGGGUCGCGGAGGUGGACCCGGGCACGGGCGCCGUGCAGGUGGACCAGAAGCCCGGCUACUGGUUCCGCGGGCACGAGCUCGAGACCCGCCUCAAGCACCACUCGGACCACAGCACCCCGUCGCCCGCCGCGAAGGCGGCCGGCCUGGGGAGGGCCCUGUUCGAGGGGGCGGUCGGCGGGCUCUCGGCCGCCGACCGGCCGGGGGGCGCGGGCGGUCGCGCGCACGCCGGCCCGGGCGCCGGGCUCGCCGUGUACGGCUCGUGA